UCGAUAAUACUCGAUUCCGCCUCGUCAAAAAACAAAGAAUUAUAAAAACUAAUAAUAAGAAAUAGCUGUGUCCAAGUGAUCUCCACGAGCCAGCACUGUAUCUUUGCAUAUCCCAGGUGUUGUUAACACCCGUAUAAUAAUAAUAAUAAUAUUAAUAAUAAUAAUACGUUUAGUGCAAGACGUGAUACACAAGAAAUCCAAUUGUUAUUACUUAGGACAAUGGAGAGUGCGCUUCCCUGUUCUUAUCAAUUCUUCCAAUCUUACAAAAAUGACAUAAUAAAUACAUUACAUGCAAUUGACCAGCAGAUAGUUCAAGCAAUGGCUAAACCACGGAAAAACACUCCAGCGGCUACCCUGAUCGACCAGUGCUCCAAAAUAUCAGUAUUAGUGAAUCAAAUCAUGCAUAACUGCCUUCAUAUUCUGUAUUAUUGCAAAACAUUGUACAACAUAGUCACCCUGAUAUUACUCAAUCUGUAUCAAGAUUCCCAAACAGAGGAAAAGCAAAAAAUGCCUGACGAACCAGUUUCACUUCAACUGCCACCUCGUCGACAAACAAACAAACUUCCUAAGAAAAAAGAAACGACAAAAAAGUCAGUCCCACCUCGUUCAAAAUCUGUCCACAAGGAACCAACUCUAACUACCGAACCCGACACUCUCAGAAAACAAGCGCCCGCGCAUGACCGGGAACCCAAAACCCAAAAACCUGCUAGUUACUACAGGUCUAAUUUUUUGAAAAAGCGUCGUCGUGACAGGAAAUCCGAAAUCGUCGACCCGAAAUUAAAGACCACGCUGACUUGGAGCGUCAAAAAUAAGUGCCCAGUACCCAAACCAACCAAACCCAAACCAAAAUACGAAAUCGCAGUGGACUCUCUCAAGGUAGGUGAACUUUGUACUGUUUGCCAUGUUGUGUCACCGUUGGAGUUCUACGUCCGAACUAACCCAACCUUCGAAAGUUUUGAGGUACAUAUUAACGACCUUUUAAACAAACAGUAUCAGUAUGUCGGGAACAACUUCAAGUCGAAAGCGGAAGCAAAAGAGCAACUGGGGAAUUUUUGCUUGGGGUACUUGUUGGAGACGAGAAAGUGGUACCGGGUUGAAGUUUUAGACUGGAUGGAGGAUGACCCGGACACAGUUUUAAUCCAGUUGGUGGAUUAUGGCGAAAAAUACAUCUACAGUUACACGAAACUGAAGAGAAUAGCUGACGAGUUGUACUCCCGGUUUCCAAAAAUGGCCACUUUGUGCCACCUUGCUGGUAUAUAUUGGCCCACAGAUGACCCAUGGCCUGCAACAACCAUACAAUUUUUGACAGAGAUGACUCGAGGAAGACAAUUUCUGGCCAUCUAUGUACACGAGGAACGAAAUUCGUGUGCUGUUGAUUUAAGGGAAACGGAAGACCCCAAUGCGGAAAGCUUGGGGGAGAUACUAAUCAAACAGGACUACGUUUUUGAAGAAAAAGUAGCCCCGAAGGAUGAUCUUGAUUUAGAUGUAGAAGACAAGGCUCGAAUUUCCCUUCCAAGUGACAAUCUUAAAGAAGACAGUCUUGAUUCAGAUGUAGAUGAUUUAGAUGAAUGCAACAUCAACGAAGUCGUAGCUGGCUAUGACGCGAAAGAUGAAGCUAGAAUUUGCCGUUUUACCAAUAGAUCAGGCGGUUGUUUCAAAAGGGAAAACUGCCGGCUUGAACAUGGUAGAUUGUCAAGAGAUGGCAUCACUACCGACAAAGUUCUAACAAUUAACCGGGCCAAAACUGAGUUCGUUUUACCUCCAAUUGGAGACAUGUUCGAAAUUUUAGUCACCGGCUACAUCAACACCUGCCACUUUUACGCGCAAAUUCUAGACGAUGGAAAUGCCAAAUUGACUCGUCUCACGGAAGUCAUGAACUCUGCCAAAACCGUACAAACUUACCACACUUUUAGAAUAUUUCCAGGAGUUGGAGAGGUGGUUCUGGUUAAAGACGAUGGUCAGUGGUACCGAGGACGCUGCAUCGACUACUCCGAAGACACACGUUUUGAAAUAUUCUUAGUGGACUUUGGGUACACGGUCACCAAGAGACUCAAAGAUCUCAGAGAAAUGAAAAAAGACUUUACAUAUUUGCCGUUUCAAGCGGUGGAGUGCGUUUUACACAACUGUCAACAAAAACGGAGUGUGUCGUCGACCUUGGCGAAGUUGUUUUUUGAUUCUUCCAUGAAGAUGAAGAUUUUUAGAGCUCUUGUGUUGGGAACUACUGAUGAUUUCAUGAAGUUGCAGAUUUGGAAUUCGGAUUGUAAGGAUAUGGGUGAAGUUUUGAAGAAGUUUGGUUUAGGAGAGGAUAGGGAUGAGGGGUUUUAUUUUGUUGAUUGGGUUUGCGGAUAGUGAAGCCAAAAAUAUACUUUUUCAACAGAGAAGAUUAACAGUAGAGAAUUUUGUUUAUUUUUUUGAACGGCAUGCAGUUAA